GCUAUAGAAAAUUUCGGCUUUUAUUUAAAUAAAAUUAUUACUUGUUUGAAUUCGUUCAAUAAAAUAACUAAAAUUAUCAUUGCGUGAUGUUAGGCGACGCAGAAGCCGGCUGGGAUGAUGGCAUCAAUUACAAGGCUAUAUCAUGCGAAAAAAUACCUGACCUUUUCUUGGACAAAUUGGUAGCCAAGAACCACUUCAGCAAAUUCGGCAAAAUAACACGUUUCAUAUUGCGUCCAAGUCGUCAAAGUUGUACAGUGGAGUAUGAAACAGAAGCACAGGCAGAACGCGCUCUGGAUCAGGCAGGUUAUUAUAAUGGGAUUGAGUUUCAGAUAGAAUAUGCUACACGCGAAGUUGCACAUGUGCAAAAUACCGAAGAAUGGGUAAAUCCUGAAGUACAAGCUGAAUUGGAUGCGAUGGGCCUUCGUCAGACUCUACCCAUUUAUAGAGUGCCGACUACGGCCAUGUUCUCGGCUUCAAAAGCUGCGUCGUUGCGAACACAAAAGUUUCCGCUACCAGCAACAAAGCCUGGAAAAUCGGAUACGCCGACGGAGGUUGCCANUUUAGUGGCUGAGGAUCCUUCCGUAUUUGAUAAAAAAAUCAACGCCGAAAAUUUGACAAAAUGCCUUCAAUCGCUAAAGUAUAUGUAUCAUGACUUGCGCAUCAAAGGUGUGCAUUGUCCAUGUGAAGCAGAAUUUCGUAGCUAUAUUGUUUUGUUGAAUUUGGGCGAUUCAAAUUUCCUGUGGGAAUUGAAACAGUUGCCAACACACAUACAACAUUCAAAGGAAAUUAAGCAGGCUAUAGCUUUUUAUAACGCAAUACAAAAUAAUAACUACGUACGCUUCUUUAGCAAGAUUCGUGGAUCCGAAACGUCUUAUUUGAGUGCUUGUAUUCUACUUGGCUAUUUUAACAAGUUACGUUGGCGAGCCAUGGAGGCCAUUAAUAAAUCGCACAACUGGAGAAAGAAUGCUGUGUUAAUUCCAUUGGCAUAUCUGACAAAAAUCCUUGGUUUUGAAGAUGAAGACUCUGCAGAGCAAUACUUUACUUAUCAUGGAUUAAAAUGUAAUGGCGAUUCACUGUUGUUGGAUCGUUUAAAGCGGCCAGACAUUGACUAUUCCAUGGAACGUGCUUUAAAUCUGGUCGAGUCGAAGCGUACUGUUAGUGUAGGUGAAUGUGUUUGCGGUCAUACUCUGGAAUCGGCAGAUAUUUUCGAAAAUAACGUGCCUCACAACAGCUUCGAUGAGAAUGGCAUACUUAAAACAAUCGCCUGGACAGCAGAUGACCAAUUGCGAGGUGAGGCGGCAGAACAGUGGAAAAGGCAACGUGAACUGGAAAUGCAGCAGCGCCUGCAACAGGAUGAGGCCGCAAAAACGCAGAAACGUUCUAAUUCACCCGCACUCAGCCUCCCACAAAUAGCGCCACCGCCCACCAUUCCUACGGAUUCGAGUAUUUUUAAGGUGCCAUUGGCUUCGCCGCCAAUUCUACCUAAGCAGCACCAACAGUUCAAAACGCCACAACUUGUACAAAAAUCGGUCGAUUCCUCCAUUUUCGGCGGUAACCAGUUUGCAGAACCAAUGGCAAAAUUGCAAUCAUCAUCGUUAGCCAAUUUUAAAUUUGAUGCUCCACAAAAUACUUCCAGCGCAAGCAAUAUUGCUGGUAGCGUAUUCGAUGCUCCUGCAAAAGAUAAUGGCAACUCUUUAUUUAAAAUUCCUUUUGCCGCCGCUAAACCUGCCGCCACUAUUGCUAGUGGAUUGGGUAAUUCUAUCUUUGGUGGUGAUGCAUUUAAACAACCGCAACUACCAUCUGCUGCUGGUGUUUUCUUAUUCGAAGAUGCUAAGAAGCGUGUUAAGAGCGAUAACAUUUUCGGCAAUGUCGCCAAAUCGUCAGCAAUCAUUUUUCAGCAAACAAAGACCCCAAAUCCAGAACCCAUGCCUAAAGAUAGCGUGUUUCAGCAUUUCAACACGCAGCCGGUGCUGCCAAACUUUGUUGAACCCCAUUUAGAGGUCAAGGAAGAGUCGAAAACUAUUUUUGGCGCUGCCGCUUUUCCGCAGCUAUCUUCAGCACUGCCGCAAGCAGAGACGGCUAAGCGCAUAGCUGAAGCUGAACUGGGCCAGCAAAAAGAAUUUGAAAGACAACGUGAACUAGAAACAGAACAGGAGGCAGCAAAGAUACGUCGCGAAGAAGCGGAAAGGAAACAUCAGGAAGCAUUAAAACUUCUGCAACAACGUGCAGAACGUGUUAGUGCUGAUGAGCUGGAAAGCGUGCUUGCCACACAGGUGGCUGUUAUUGCUCAAAGCGAACUAAGCAAAUACCAAAAGCUUCAACGGGACUGCGAAGGUAUUACUGAGGCAUUGCUUGACCAAUCUAUAGCUAUGCAACUCGAAGAGUUGGCCAAUGAAGAAUAUGCCAUGAUGUGCCACGAUCAGCUUAUCCUCAAUCGCUACUUUGAACGCUGGUUACGCUAUACACGCAAGAAAAAGAAGCAACGCGCUCUAAUGGAGUCCACGCCCGUUUGGGUGACCAUGGACACACGCGCUGAACAAACUGCCAAAAUAAGGCAUCCCAACCAAUCAGAAACUUUGCAGAUGAUCAAGCGUUAUCGACAUGGCGAACCGUGUAAUUUCCAACUGCUACUUUGGAAACAUCCAGACACGCCGUCACCUCCGUUUCAGUGCAUCGACAUUUUCGCGGUGGUGCGCGCACAUAUUGCACGUAAAACGAUAGUAAAAUGUGGCCACAUGCAAAGCAUCAGGUACUUUAAGUUAGUGCUGACGCUGCCCAAUGAUGACGAUGAAUUGCCCGGCUUCGAAAGUCUGUGCAACAAGUGGCUGCGCAAGCAUGUGAAGCGUAUCAAUAACGGCAACACUUCGGAAAUGGAUGAUACGUACAAUAGGAGUCCAUACAUAUGCGCCAUGGAGCGUGAUGUGGCAUUGUGUGUGCGUAAGGUGAGCGGAAUUCCGCCACUAACAGAUAGGGGCAAUACAGUGUGUAACGAAUGCGACAACGCGGAUGCAAUUAUCUGCCUAAUGGGUUGUGACAGCAUACAAAACACGCGUAAGCGCAUGCAUCACCUAAUCAAAUUGAGCCGACUGAACAAAGCUGUGCCAGUAGCUUUCAUAGUCUACGACGGCCAAUAUACAGAUGAGCUGGAGUUGAGCGAUAUACUGGAAAUGGAGACAUUAGUGGACGAGGGCAAAAUAGCGGGUUACAAAUUUUUUGGUUGCCAGCAAAGCAAGAAUGCAUUUUCAUUCGUACAACAUAUGGGACGUGCAUUGCGUUACGUGGUACGAGAAAGUAGCUUCUGCAACCAAUCAACCGAAGCAUUAGAGAUGCAAAAUCUGCAAAGUUUCCUAGAAGCAUGUUUGGGUGAAGAAUUGUGGCAGCGCUGGCAACAAUCCUCCGAACAAAAUCCAUGCUUUGCUAAGAUUUGCGCCAUACCGCAGCACUUGGCGGAGCUGUACAAUGAAGCGGUGAAGCGUGUCAUGCAAAUCACUGCAGAAGACUUUGCCGAUGCGGCAGAGCUUGCGGAGGAGCUGCGCGAAUUUGUGCCCAAAUUAGAGGUCGAUAUACCGCUUGGCUUUGAAUACUUCCCAAAGGAUUGGAAAUCUGCGCAACGCCGACAUCAGAUUUCAUUAUUUUUGCAGCGUUUGUUGUUAGCACCUAUUGAAGAGGCGCCACAAUUCCAUGAGGUCGACGACUGGGAAUUAUGGUUGCUGAACUAUGCUAGUCGUUGCAUACCAAAUGAUGAAGAGAUCGCCACUGCCGCUAGUUAUCAAUCAAUCAGAGCACUAAUUGAACAGCUGAAUCGUAGCGAUUUAUCCCAUCUAGAUGUGGUCGCACGCUUCCAAGUAAUAAACUAUUUGCCUGUCAUGAAAGCCAUAGCCUACGCACAGAUAAAUGCCGUGCUCAAGGACUACAUCGAAAAAGUCAAUACCAACGAUUACAAAUUACCCAACGAAAUCAUUUAUCAUCGCCAAGCGCUUGAGGAUUAUAAGCUAGUGCCGUGGUGGUUAAAUAACGUGGCGGUUAAAGCGGUGAAAAUAGAUUACUCUGCUAUUGAAGAACAAGAUACGAGUUUGCAGGAUAAGGAGCUAGAAGACGAAGAGGCAGCAAUGAACUGCAAGAUGUUAGACGAAAUUAUAAAACAAGCUGAAGAGGUUUCACGCAAAGCGGAGGCAAAUUUUUGCUCAUUGAAGAAGCAAAAAAUUAGCGCGGAUACAGCGGAGCUGGCACGUGACUUGGAUGCUAGCAUCUAUCAAUUUGAAUUGUCAAAACAAAUAGGAUGCUAUGAUGCCUCCUUUGUGUCAAAGGCAAGUGAAAUUAAUACCGACUUAGAAGGGGCAGUUGGAGGCGCUAUUGCAAUGAAUAAUAGAAGCAGUGGCGGUGAUAGCUUUUCUAAAACGCCCACAAGUAGAAAACGUAAGCAUAUCGGAGGUGCUCAUGCGGAAGUUAAUGAAAUGGAAGCGGUUAUGGCACGCGCUUUUAAUGUUAUUGAGAAAGCGGAAGCGAAACAAGACCGCGCCGAACGUCUGUGUAAGAUGGCUAUGCUAGAGCUGGAAUGAUUGUUGUCAAGUGUAUGAUUCGAUUCGACAAUAUUUAUAUGAUAACUUAUUAAGGGCGGGGGGAUGAAUGCUAAAUUAUACUAAAUUAUAUUACAUAUGUAUGAACGUAGUUAUAUCAAGAAAGAAUUAGGCUUCAAAAUAAAUUUUAACUAUAAGGACGUUUUAGAAAGUGCAUUUAUUUAUUUUAAAAAUAGUUUAAAAUGCUAAAGAGAAAAUUAUAAGGGAGACC